AUGUCGGAUCUAAAUAAUAAUGAAGAUAGAUUUUCAUUUGAAGAAUCACCCAUUAGAACUCAUCCUAGUUCUCCAACACCACAUCCUACCGAAGAUAUUAACCGAAUAUUAUCGAGUGAAUUUCAAAAGAGAAAUACAAUCACUGGCAACUUUGACACAGAUCCAAAUUCUCCUCAAGCUGAUACUCAAUCAAAUCAUACUUCCCCAAUUUCUCAACAAUUAAUUAACCAUAUGGAUAUGGAUAGAGAAAGUAUAUAUUCAUUUGAUUCAGUGAGUACUAGUGGAAGAUUAUUAGAUAGAUUAGGUCUUGAAGAUGACGAUGACGAUGACAAUGAAGAUAACGUUGAUCAUUAUGAAACCGAUAGUGAUACUUAUACUUUGACCGAUAAACGAGAAAGUAUGACAUCUAUACAGACUACAGGGAGAUUAUUGGAUAGACUAGAAUUAGAUACUCGUCAUAAAUCAAUACAACAACCACCACCACCAAAACAAACAAAUAAGAUUUUACCUAUUCAACCAGUGAAUAAUUUAGCUGAUAUACGUGGAUUGAAAAACAAACAAAAUACCCAAAAUAGCCUAUCACGAAGAGAACAAUUACAACCACAACCACAAUCACAACCACAACUACGAUCAGUAGUUGCACAGAGACAACCACCGGGACAACAACAACAACAGCAACAACAUCAUCUUCAACGGAUAAAUGAAACGCCUAAUCUUAUGCAAUCAGUGCAAAGACCAAUACAAAAGUCACAAAGUGGUCCUAUUCAAAAUCCACAACAAGCACUAGCUCAUUUAAAACAUGUCCCAAUGAAUCUUGUAUUUAGAAACACUAAUAAUUCCACUGAAACUAUUAAAUCAGAUAUGGCAUCAUUAAAGAAAUUCGAGACUCGUAAAUCUGUUGUUCCGGAAAUAAGAUCUAUUGAUUCAAAUGAUGAAGUACCACCACCACCACCACUUCCUUCAAUAACUCCUACAAGUGCAAUAUCGAAAAAUUCAUUUACACCAUCACCAGCGCGUUCUACUGAAUCACUUGGAAGAUCAUCUUUAGAUCAGUCGCCUAUUUUGUCACCAAUUCUACAACCAUCACCCGCAGGUAAUAGUUUAGAAUCUAAUGGAGGACAUCAGGGGUUCGUUGAAUUAAAUGAUGAAAAUAGUGUCAUAGGAUUAAGCUCGAUGAAACCAAUACAAAAAUCAAAUUCAAUGAAACCAAUGAAUAAUAGACCUUCUAUGGUAAUGAGAACCCCAUCAGCACCUUCAUUAAGAAACACUAUGAGUAUAGAAACCAAUGACACUUUUGAUAAUUCGCAAACUGAUUUUAAACUUAGAUCUCGAUCUGAUACCACCAAUACCACCUUUAAUAAUAAUCUGAAUGAUUCUAUUGAUUCUGGUUCAACCAUUUUCAGUGCUCGUAGUCAGAACACUAUAUUAAAUAAAGAUAAUAGUAGCAGUACCAAUGGUGGCGGCCCUAAUGCAGAAUCACGGACUAAUUAUGCGAUGGAAUUACGAGGAUUAGGUAAUCAUCGAGAAGCAUCAUAUCAAUUACAGAUUGCUGCUAAUGAACCGUAUAAUUACCCACGAGCCAUGUUUUUAUAUGCUAUGGCACUUAAAUUUGGUCAAGGGGUCAAACAAAAUUAUCGUCAUUCAAUAAAAUGGUUAACCAAAUGUAUAUUAUUGAGUUCACUGCAUAUUACCCUGGCUAAUAUUUCAGUAGUUCUUGAAAAAUUGAAUGCCUUGACAAUAGAAGAUUUAAUUAAAUUAAUUAUGAAGAAUUUGACCAAUACGGUGGAUAAAGAUCCUCAUAAAAAUGGACAAGAUCCAUUAAUAUUAUAUCCUAUUUUCAAAGCUUUAACGAAAAAUCAAAUUGCUAAAGUGAUUAAUAUAUCGAAAAUUAAAGGGGAUGUAGUAGCUGCAAGUUAUCAUGAAUUGGGUAAUUAUUUAAUUAAUGGAUGGGGGGUUACUAAUAAAGAUGAAACCAAUGGGAUUAAUUGUCUUUCAAAAGCUGGAUCAAUGGGAUAUAUUGAUUCAAUGGUUCAAUUGGGAGAAAUUUGGUGUAGUAAAACGAAAAAUCGGAAAAAAGAUUUAACUAAAGCUGCUGGUUGGUUAAGAUUAAGUGAAAUAUUUGGAGUUAAAUCAAUUGGUAAUAGUUGGAUUUAUAAAGAAAAGUAUAUGAAUUGA